GUCGGAGCCUUUCUUGCAUGACAUGAUAGCUGAAGUUCCUGUUUCUUGCUAGCCGGUAAAAAGCGGGUGUUUUGACGCCRACUGUAGUGUUUUAGCCGUGUUCUUGUGCUGCUACUGGUAAUGUUACCCGCAUUAUACAUCAAUAUUAAUUCCAUUAUUAAGAGUCCAACUGAAACGCGUUGACUUUCAGCAAUUAUUCGGCCUCCGGUUCGCUUCGCUCCUGCUUGUCAACUGCUUCAGUUUCCGCGGCUUUUGCAACGAUUGUUAGUGGCAGUUUUCACCACCCACUCACUGGGGCUUUUACCGAAUACSGGGGAGCCUUCACCCUGCUUGGCCCCGGUCUGCAGCUAGCACCAUAACCGCUCUUCUUCCAAGCGAACUCAGUAAUGUCGUGUUCGGUGAACGUUGACGGGUCAGAUGGGAUGGACGGCAUCGGUAGCUCCCUGCCUGCAAUGCCUGAACCAUCCAACCCGAUCAGCAUGAAGCAGCCGCCCGAGUCCCUGAGCACCCUGAAGGGCCGGGCGGACAUGGGCAGCGACCCGGCUCUACUGAUGGACAAAGCCGCYGCGCAGCUCGCCGCCACGCUCCAGGACGGCGUCCUCCAGAAGAUGUCCGGCCACAACCACAGCAAUCACAGCCACGAGAGGCUGAAAGACCUCACCUCCCUGGUGCUGAACGGCGAUCAGGACGCUCUACCCAAGCUCUGCACCCCAGAGCCGCCCAUGCUGAAAGGCGACGAGGCGCCCGCCACCAAUGACGCCCACCAGCACAACUGCACGCCUCAUGCCGAGGCCGAGCUGAAGGCGACCGUACCGCAGGCGGCGGAGCAGCCCCCACUGGAACCUUCCUGUGCAGACGGGACCAGCUUGGUCACAGCCACAGAGAGCGCUUCACCUGGACCUGAGCUGGGACAGGAAGUGAAGAAAAGGAGGGGGCGACCGAACAAACCCAAACUUAUUCUGAACCGCAGCUCUGUCAUCGCCAUGGAGAUGCCUGACCACACGGAGGUUAUCGGAGAAGUGGAAGCGGCAAAUGAGCCUGCGGUCGUGUCCGAAGAGCCGGAGCCAAUAACAGAAGAGCGCCCUGUACCUACGCGGUUCUGCGUGGGGGAUCUGGUUUGGACCAAGGUGUCGGGGUACCCAUGGUGGCCCUGCAUGGUGACCAGAGACCCAGAACUCAACAGUCACUUCAAACAGAAACAGAAAGCCUCCAACAGCAGGUUAGGCCUCCUUUACCAUAUCCAGUAUUUUGGGGACGCUCCAGAGAGAGGCUUCGUCUUUGAGAAGAACAUGGUGUCCUUCACUGGGGAGGAGCAGUAUGUGGCGCUCAGCCAGAGAAACAAACCACCAGCCUCCAGCGCUGCUCAUAGAAAGGGCUCUGCAAGUGAAGAACGUCCUGAUUCUCCAAGCGACAGCCUAGAUGGGACAAAGAAAGGCGAACGGAAGAAAGAGUUURUCUGUCAGGUAGUGCUUUAG